AUGUCGCACAUCUCAGUGGAUAUUUCGGAAUCCAUGGCCAUAGGCAUGCCACUUAACAAGCGCAUUGCUAGCUCGCUUUCUAAACAGAUCUGGUACAGCGUUUUUCAAGACAUCUGGCUUAACCAGAAGCCUCCAUUCACCAAGGGACCUGUUUUGUGUAAUGACCCACAAAACCGUAUCAAUGUCAGAGUACCAGAGACGACAUCGUCUUUCUCCGACUUGCCUUCUGUUACGAUGCAGAUCUUGGAGAGAUUGGGAGUCUGCCCUUUCAUACAUCGAGAGUAUGAGGCUGCUCUGCAUGAUAUACUGGAGGCCAAAAAAACGGGUGACCCCAUCAUAACCGUUGGGGCCGACAGUCAGACGGAGCACGCAGAUUUGACCCAACCAGAACCGACUAUCAGCAUGAAGUGCAUUCAUGAGGAAGACCUCGUCGAGGACAGAGCACAGAAAAGGGAAUAUACUGAUAAAGUAUCCAGUGAACAUGUAGUUGACCCUCAUUACCAUACCAAUACUGAAGCCUUGUUGGAACAGUAUAUCAACUUAUUCCAAGAGGAGGAGGCAAAGGCAUGGCUAUGGGGUUUCAUUGUUCUUGGUCACACUGGUAUAGAUAAGGAACCACAUGCCAGUCUUGCAUUCAUUUGA